AUGCGCAGAAAGACAAAUGGUGGAAGGGGGGUUGUGAAGGGGGAGAAGUUCCCUGGCCAAUCUUUCAAGCUCCUGUCCACAGCUGUUGCACGCCUCGUAUCUCCCCCUGUUAUCCCUCACGUCCUCCUCACUGCCUUCCUCGCGUCCACCACCACCCCCUCGCUCCUGGCAUUCCUUGGCUCACCUCGCCUUGUGGGUGGUGCUGCUCCUCCAUCAUGUUUCUCCCAACCUCCACAUGCUCCUGCUGCGGCCGCCCUGCCUCCUCCUCCUGCUGUUGCUAUGGUAAUGGCAAAGGAAUGUGUGUGGGCGGGGCGGGGCGGGGGGGGUUCCCGGCUCCCCCAUCCCCCUCUCCAACCCACCACGUACAGCUUUCCCUCUCCCGCCACCCCCCUUCCUCUCCCUGCUGCCCGACCCCCUAUCCUAUUCCCCCUCACUGAGCACACCUCUCACCACCUCCCUCGCAGCUCCCGCUCCCAUGUCAUUACAAUCCCCAUCCUGCUGCCCUCUGCUCCUCCCAUAGCCCCACCUCCCGCCUGCUCCCUGCCGGAUGGUCGAGAAUGGGCCGGGCUGGGCCUGGGCACGGCGCAGGAUGAGGCGGAUAGUCGUGGAAGGGCGGAGGGGCGUGGGUGUGAAGCAGUACAUGCUCCUACGAAUACCUUCAAACAAUGUGCCCAAACAUCUCACCUGCUGGAUGCACACGCACAUCCCACCCGAGGCAGUGCCACCCGAGGCAGUGCCAUCCGAGGCAGUGCCACCCGAGGCAGUGCCACCCGAGGCAGUGCCACCCGAGGCAGUGCCACCCGAGGCAGUGCCACCCGAGGCAGUGCCACCCGAGGCAGUGCCACCCGAGGCAGUGCCACCCGAGGCAGUGCCACCCGAGGCAGUGCCACCCGAGGCAGUGCCACCCGAGGCAGUGCAACCCGAGGCAGUGCCACCCGAGGCAGUGCCACCCGAGGCAGUGCCACCCGAGGCAGUGCCACCCGAGGCAGUGCCACCCGAGGCAGUGCCACCCGAGGCAGUACAGAGGCAGUGCCACCCGAGGCAGUGCCACCGAGGCAGUGCCACCCGAGGCAGUGCCACCCGAAGGCAGUGCCACCCGAGGCAGUGCCACCGAGGCAGGCCAACCGAGGCAGUGCCACCCGAGGCAGUGCCACCCGAGGCAGUGCCACCCGAGGCAGUGCCACCCGAGGCAGUGCCACCCGAGGCAGUGCCAACCGAGGCAGUGCAGUGCAACCCGAGGCAGUGCCACCCGAGGCAGUGCCACCCGAGGCAGUGCCACCCGAGGCAGUGCCACCCGAGGCAGUGCCACCCGAGGCAGUGCCACCCGAGGCAGUGCCACCAGAGGCAGUGCCACACGAGGCAGUGCCACCCGAGGCAGUGCCACCCGAGGCAGUGCCACCCGAGGCAGUGCCACCAGAGGCAGUGCCACUCGAGGCAGUGCCACCCGAGGCAGUGCCACCCGAGGCAGUGCCACCCGAGGCAGUGCCACCCGAGGCAGUGCCACCCGAGGCAGUGCCACCCGAGGCAGUGCCACCCGAGGCAGUGCCACCAGAGGCAGUGCCACCCGAGGCAGUGCCACCCGAGGCAGUGCCACCCGAGGCAGUGCCACCCGAGGCAGUGCCACCCGAGGCAGUGCCACCCGAGGCAGUGCCACCCGAGGCAGUGCCACCCGAGGCAGUGCCACCCGAGGCAGUGCCACCCGAGGCAGUGCCACCCGAGGCAGUGCCACCCGAGGCAGUGCCACCCGAGGCAGUGCCCACCCGAGGCAGUGCCACCCGAGGCAGUGCCACCCAGAGGCAGUGCCACCAGAGGCAGUGCCACCCGAGGCAGUGCCACCCGAGGCAGUGCCACCCGAGGCAGUGCCACCCGAGGCAGUGCCACCCAGAGGCAGUGCCACCCGAGGCAGUGCCACCCGAGGCAGUGCCACCCAGAGGCAGUGCCACCCGAGCAGUGCCACCCGAGGCAGUGCCACCCGAGGCCAGUGCCACCCGAGGCAGUGCCCCCGAGGCAGUGCCACCCGAGGCAGUGCCACCCGAGGCAGUGCCACCCGAGGCAGUGCCACCCGAGGCAGCAGUGCCACCCGAGGCAGUGCCACCCGAGGCAGUGCCACCCGAGGCAGUGCCACCCGAGGCAGUGCCACCCGAGGCAGUGCCACCCGAGGCAGUGCCACCCGAGGCAGUGCCACCCGAGGCAGUGCCACCCGAGGCAGUGCACACCGAGGCAGUGCCACCCGAGGCAGUGCCACCCGAGGCAGUGCCACCCGAGGCAGUGCCACCCGAGGCAGUGCCACCCGAGGCAGUGCCACCCGAGGCAGUGCCACCCGAGGCAGUGCCACCCGAGGCAGUGCCACCCGAGGCAGUGCCACCCGAGGCAGUGCCACCCGAGGCAGUGCCACCCGAGGCAGUGCCACCCGAGGCAGUGCCACCCGAGGCAGUGCCACCCGAGGCAGUGCCACCCGAGGCAGUGCCACCCGAGGCAGUGCCACCCGAGGCAGUGCCACCCGAGGCAGUGCCACUCGAGGCAGUGCCACCCGAGGCAGUGCCACCCGAGGCAGUGCCACCCGAGGCAGUGCCACCCGAGGCAGUGCCACCCGAGGCAGUGCCACCCGAGGCAGUGCCACCCGAGGCAGUGCCACCCGAGGCAGUGCCACCCGAGGCAGUGCCACCCGAGGCAGUGCCACCUGAGGCAGUGCCACCCGAGGCAGUGCCACCUGAGGCACGAACCGGUCACCUAAUUGAUUCCAACAUCCCUUGCGCCUUCAGCCCUCACUUCACAUUUCCCCACCCCAUUCCCUUCUGCAUUUAG